CACUUUCGUUUGACCAGCAAAGUGACAAAGGCAGCAGGUUGAUCAUACGAUACGAUUCCCCCCAAUCCCCGGCCGGUCCUCCACUCCCGGCGACCGCACCAUCUCCACAACCGCCACCGCAGGCUCGUCAGAUGGCGCGGUCGGCGCACAACGAGGUGACAGAUUCCGGGGCCUUCGACCCGUCGCCGUCCACCUUCCGGAGCUUCGUGUCCAGGGACAGCUCCGCACGGUUCGCCGCCGCGCCGGGAAGGUACCACCUCUACGUCUCCUACUCCUGCCCCUGGGAUUGCCGGUGCCUCGCCUACCUGAAGCUCAAGGGCCUCGACCACGUCAUCAGAUUCACCUGGGUGAAGCCCGUCUUUGAGAGGACCAAUGACCACAUGGGGUGGGUGUUCCCUGCCGCCGGAGACGAGGAGCCCGGUGCCGAGCCCGACCCUAUCAAUGGAGCCAAGAGCAUCAGGGAGUUUUACGAGAUCGCCAGCACAAAAUACGCCGGGAAACCAAGCGUCCCUGUUCUGUGGGACAAGCAGCUCAAGACCAUUGUUAACAACGAGAGCUCCGGGAUCAUCCGGAUGCUCAACACUGAGUUCAACGAGUUUGCAGAGAAUCCUGGCCUGGAUCUCUACCCUGCUCAUUUACAGGCCUCCAUUGAUGAGAUCAACGAGUUGGUGUAUGAGGGGAUAAACAUUGUGUACAAAUGUGGCUUUGCAAAGCAGCAGGGGCCAUACGAUGAGGCUGUCACGAAACUGUAUGAAGCUCUGGACAAAUGCGAGGAUACUCUGAGCAGGCAACGCUUUCUAUGCAGCAAUCAAAUUACAGAGGCAGAUGUUCGCUUGUUUACAACUCUUAUAAGAUUCGAUGAGGUAUGAACUUUUUUCUUCAUAGAAAGAAGGAAAACAUAUUUGUAAAAUCUGUCAUGUUCGAAAAGUAUUUUAUAUAGUCAUAGCUUGUUGUGCUGUUCUUACGUGUAUGUCACUGGCUGACCUGAUUACAGCAUUAUAUUA